AUGUCGAGCCUCGAGGAGCCACUCGGUCUCGGAGACCUGCCCAAGUUGAGUAUUAACAGGCUCGGGAGGUUCUUGUCGCCGACAGCUCGCAGGUCACCAGCCGAUGACCACAGCACUGGCAAAUACAGCAACUCCUGCAAUGGUAGCCCCUUCCAUGGCAACUCCUAUCCCUGGCAUCCGCAAUGCCGUCAAGCCGAUUCAUCAUGUGAUGCGGUGGAGCUUAGAGAUCUUCCUCGGAAGGUUAUGUGGGAACUGCCAAGGUUUGUGAAGAUAGUUGAGGUUGGACCACGGGAUGGCCUGCAAAAUGAAAAGGGCAAUGUUCCAACAUCUGUAAAGAUCCAACUGAUACACAAGUUAGUCGGUGCAGGUCUGUCAGUAGUCGAAGCCACAAGUUUUGUAUCCCCAAAAUGGGUGCCGCAGCUAGCUGAUGCAAAGGAGGUCCUGAAAGGUAUCCAGCAGGAGCCAGGUGUGCGGUAUCCGGUGUUAACCCCUAACCUCAGAGGAUUUGAGGCUGCUAUUGCAGCUGGUGCAAAAGAAAUUGCGGUUUUUGCAUCCGCCUCUGAAUCCUUCUCUAAGUCGAACAUUAACUGUACCAUUGAGGAAAGCCUUGUUCGGUACCGUGAUGUUACAGAAGCUGCCAAGAAACAUGGACUAACUAUCCGGGGGUAUGUUUCAUGUGUGAUUGGUUGCCCUGUUGAAGGCGCAAUCGAUCCAUCGAAAGUGGCAUAUGUAGCUAAGGAGCUUUACAACAUGGGCUGCUCGGAGAUUUCACUUGGCGACACAACUGGUGUUGGGACACCAGGUAGCGUGGUUGCUAUGCUUCAAGCUGUCAUGGCGUUUGUUCCACUAGACAAGAUUGCUGUUCAUUUUCAUGAUACAUAUGGGCAAGCCCUCGCCAACAUCCUUGUCUCCCUUCAAAUGGGGAUCAACGUAGUGGACUCAUCAGUGUCAGGCCUUGGAGGCUGCCCAUAUGCAAAGGGCGCCACUGGCAAUGUUGCCACAGAGGAUGUUGUGUACAUGCUCCAUGGCCUGGGGAUAAAGACCAACGUCGACCUCAACAAGCUCAUGGAGGCUGGUGAUUACAUUUCCAAGGAAUUGGGCAGGCCACUGGGUUCCAAGACUGCGACUGCUCUGCGCAAGCUAACUACCUGA